AUUACUACAUUACUCCUAUUUUCAUGUGUGUUGUGUUUUGUUGUACACACUACACACAGAUACAUAAACAUAGAGAGUGAGAAAAGGGUCAAAUAGUUUACUUGUUUUUCUUUCCCUCCAUUCUUUUCAACUCUGCAACCUUCGGACAUGGACGCAGGAUACAAUCCUCGUACGGUCGAAGAGGUCUUUAGGGAUUUCAAAGGUCGCAGAGCUGCUCUGAUUAAAGCUCUCACCACUGAUGUUGAAGAGUUCUACCAGCAGUGUGAUCCCGAGAAGGAAAAUCUUUGCCUUUAUGGAUUUCCAAGUGAGCAGUGGGAAGUCAAUCUGCCAGCUGAGGAGGUGCCUCCAGAGCUUCCAGAGCCAGCAUUAGGUAUUAACUUUGCCAGAGAUGGGAUGCAGGAUAAGGACUGGCUGUCUUUGGUUGCUGUACACAGUGAUGCUUGGUUACUUGCUGUGGCUUUUUAUUUUGGUGCUAGGUUUGGGUUUGACAAGGCUGAUAGGAAGCGACUAUUUAACAUGAUUAAUGAUCUUCCAACUAUAUUUGAGGUUGUUACUGGGAUGGCCAAGAAACAAGGAAAGGAAAAGUCAUCAGUUUCAAAUCAUAGCAGUAACAAGUCAAAAUCAAACUCUAAGCGAGGUUCUGAAUCAAAGAACACAAAAGCAAUGCAAUCAAAGGACGAGGAUGAUGAGGGUGUGGCUUUGGAAGCUGAUGAUGAAGAGGAGCAUGAAGAGACUUUCUGUGGGGCAUGUGGAGAGAGCUACACUUCUGAUGAGUUCUGGAUUUGCUGUGACAUCUGUGAGAAAUGGUUCCAUGGCAAGUGCGUGAAGAUUACACCUGCAAGAGCUGAGCACAUCAAGCAGUACAAAUGUCCAUCCUGCAGCAACAAGAGAGCUAGACCUUGACCAUGUGGCUAGGAUGGUUGUGACUAUAAUCUUGGCAAUUUUAUAACUACUAAUUUGUUUAGUAGGUCAAGUUUAUUAGUCUUGCUGUGAAUUUCAGGUAUAUUAUUCCAGAUAAAACAUUAGGUUUAUGAGCUGCUGUUGAUUUACCUACCAUUAGGAUAGUUAUUUCAUAAGCAGACUUUAUGUUUUUGUUAAGUACUUUCUUAAAUUUAAUGUAGUUGUAACUGUGUUGUGUCCAUA